AUGGCGAGACGGCAAGUAGGUUCAACACGACGUGUUGGGGAUGGUGGAAGCUUCCCAUUUGCAGGAGCUUUGCACUCAAAGUCUCGAUCGUCUCCAUUACUAUCUAUUUGCCUUGUUCUUGUGGGGGCUUGCCUACUCAUUGGUUAUGCUUACAGUGGUCCAGGUUUCUUUAAAAGUGUCAAAGAAGUCAGCAAAGUUACAGGUGACUAUUCUUGCACAUCAGAAGUCCAAAGAGCCAUUCCUGUUCUUAAGAAGGCUUAUGGAGAUGGGAUGCGCAAAGUCUUGCAUGUGGGACCUGAGACAUGCUCAGUGGUUUCUAGUCUGUUGAAAGAAGACGAGACUGAAGCAUGGGGUGUUGAACCCUAUGACAUCGAGGAUGCAGAUUCUCACUGCAAGAGUCUUGUGAGCAAAGGCCUUGUACGUGUGGCUGAUAUCAAAUUCCCUCUACCCUACCGGGCAAAAUCCUUCUCUCUUGUGAUCGUGUCCGAUGCUCUGGAUUAUCUCUCACCCAAGUACCUGAACAAGACCGUGCCUGAACUCGCGAGGGUGGCUUCAGAUGGUGUGGUUCUUUUUGCAGGUCUCCCUGGUCAGCAGAGAGCUAAAGUUGCUGAAUUGUCUAAAUUUGGUCGACCCGCUAAAAUGCGUAGCUCAUCGUGGUGGAAUCGCUUUUUCGUCCAGACAAACUUAGAAGAAAACGAAGCACCAAGCAAGAAGUUCGAACAGGCUAUUUCCAAAGGAUUAUACAAACCAGCCUGCCAAGUCUUCCACCUCAAGCCAUUACAUUAA